CUUGAAGGUCAAGGAUGACAGCAGAUGAAGCAACUACGAGUGCAGCAAGUGACGAGACGACAACUGCGGACGUUGAGAUGGCAGCUGCCAUGCCUGAGAUCGUAUGGUACGAGCAUGCCACGGGAGCCAUACCCGUGCUGGAGCACUCCAUCUCGGCUCCGUUCGAAUCGCACUUUACACGCGGCGUCAAGGUCUCACCAGAUGGGCUUUGUGUCUUGAGCAACAGCGACGACAACAUCCUGCGACUGUUCGACGUCGAGCCUGGCGUUCAAUCGGCCACGUUGAGCAUGCACGAAGGCGGCACCGUGUACGACUUCCAGUGGUACCCGUACAUGAACUCGGAGGAUCCAGCGACGUGCGUGUUUAUCACAACGAGCCAUGCGCACCCCGUGCACCUCUGGGACGCGUACACGGGCGCCCUCCGCGCGAGCUACCGCGCGUACGAUCACCUGGACGAACUCACGUCCGCCUACUCGGUCGCGUUCAACGGCACUGGCGACAAAAUCUUCUGCGGAUUCGACCGCACCAUUCGAUUCUUCGAUGCGUCCCAGCCCAGCCGCGACUUUACCACGCGAUCCUUGAGCAAAACCAAGAAAACUCGCCACGGACAACGGGGCAUCAUCUCGAGCAUCCAUUUCAACCCGGAUCAUUCCAAGAUGUACGCCGCGGGGUCGUACAGUGGGUCGACGUGCAUUUACGCAGAAGACAGCGGCGAAUUGUUCAUGGGGUUGGAGGGCCACGAUGGACAAGGCGUCACCCAAGUCCAGUUCACCCCCAACGGCCAAUACCUGUUGACUGGUGCGAGAAAGAACAACACGAUCAACGUAUGGGAUAUUCGCAACACGAUGCAAGUGCUCCAUGCAUUCGAACGAGCGGCCCCUACGAACCAAGUACGUCGACCCUCUGGAGAUGAUGCAUUCAUUGCGAAGGCAUAUGUGUGGGUUUACGUUGUUGACUUAGCGCAUUGCAUUUGACAUUCACAUCGGCAGUCGUUAUGUCGUCACGGGCAGCUCGGUACAGAAACACAUUGUCGUCGUCGAGAGUGAGAGUGUGAACUUUAUCCUGCUUAGGAUGCAAGGGUGCUCAUGUAUGACUUGUACACGGGGGAAUGCGUCAGCGAGAUUGCGACGUUGCCGGGUACGUCCAUCGAACGUUGGGUUGCACCAUUGCCAUGGCCAUCAUGAUGCGGGUAGAGUGCGUGAAUGGGGUGUCCUUCUUCCCCUUCCCAGACACCGCGCGGAUUGCGCUGAGCACCGGGCAGCGUUCGUACAAGCUACCGCAUGACAUGACAGACGGCGAUGAGGAAGUCGCCACAGGGCGGCAUUGCGUCCAAGUGUACGAUUACAACCCACAACAACCGUAAUUCGAGAGAUUUUCGAUUUGUUUAACCUUUUCGGACGCCAUAGAAUAGAAUAAGCUGAAUGUGCAAG